AUGUCCUCCUCAUCGCCUCAGGCUGCUCUAGCUACACCUACGAAGCCUGCUCCCGUGACCGUACCGACCCCAACGAAGCCCGUUCAGGCUCCUCUGACAUUAGCGGAAAGUUUCUUAUGUGGUGGAUUGGCAGGAUGCGGAGCGGUGACUAUAUCCAACAUUCCAGAAACGAUGAAAACCCGAUUACAGCUCCAAGGUGAAUUACAGCGACAUAACCCUGGUGCUCCUAGGGUAUAUAACAAUGUGUUUGAUGUGUUUGUCAAGACGUGGAAGAACGAGGGUAUAAGAGGUUUGCAGAGAGGUUUGGUACCUGCUUACGGAUAUCAAAUCCUUCUGAAUGGAUCGAGGUUAGGAUUCUACGAGCCUGUCAGACGGACAUUCAAUAGAGCGAUAGGUAGGAAACCUACCGAGGGAGUUGUGACUACCGCCAUAGCAGCAGGUGCAGUCACAGGGUGCAUAGGAGCUGCACUUGGAUCCCCCCUUUUCUUGGUCAAAGCUCGUAUUCAAGCUUACUCGCCUGCUCUACCGGUUGGUGCCCAGCAUUAUUACAAGGGUUCAUACGAUGCUUUGAGUACGAUAGUGAAAUCAGAUGGUAUUUUAGGAUUAUGGAGAGGUGUGAAUACUGCUAUUUUGAGGACUGCUAUGGGAUCAUCCGUACAAUUGCCUUCGUACAACUUGGGAAAACAUUACUUGACUAAAUGGGGUAUGAAAGACGAUUCGUUCUGGACUUUCUUCUUGGCCAGUUCGCUUUCAGGUGUUUGUGUCUGUAUAAUGAUGCAACCUGCUGAUACGGCUCUAACGAGAAUGUAUAAUCAAAACACAAUCAAAGAUCCUAUAACAGGUAAAGUUCGAGGGGCAUUAUAUCAAUCGCCGAUAGAUUGUUUAUGGAAGACUUUCAAGGCGGAAGGUAUUGCAGGAUGGUAUAAAGGUACGACGGCUCAUUUCCUGAGGAUCACACCCCAUACGAUUUGUACUUUAGUGUUCAAUGAGUUGAUUAUGGCUCAAUACAAGAAAAUCAGGAAUUAG